CUCGUGAAACUGCUGAUUUUUGCACACCCUUGCAAAAUUUCAAAAAAGAAGGGCGGGGGCUUGAAACAGGACAUUGCCACCAGGCCCGCAUUUUCCUGGAGGAGCGCGUUGCCCGGGAAGAGGGUGAAGUUGCCGUUCCGGAACCACGAGUCCCAGGGCCCGGGACAGCACGGAAGGCCGAGUCGGGACACCUGCACCGGGCGCAGCAUCGCGCCCAGGCCCGGGCCGCGGGCGCCCGGCGGCGGUUCCCGCCCGUGUCUCUUGUGUUCCUUCGAAUUCCGUCCCCGGGAACCGCUGAGCACUUGUCUUCCGUGCGGGCGUGGGGACACAUUUCGUGCACACAAUCCGGGAUCGCCGACAUGGCCGCGGCCGUGCGAUGCCUCGGUAGAGUCUUGAUACAUCAUCAAAGGCAUAGUCUCUCCAAGAUGGUUUGUCAGACACCCCUUUAUCCUGGUUCUGUGUAUCUUCAAGUGCCUAACAGACAUUUUGCUGCUGCUGCUGCAAAGCCUGCAAAAAAGUCCAAAAAAGAUGCUAAAGGGAAAACAUCGGAUGAAAAAACAAUUGAUAUCGAAAAAAUAAAGUCAUACCCCUACAUGGAAACUGAACCUGAGGAUGAUGUCUACUUAAAACGCCUGUAUCCAAGGCAGAUGUAUGAGGUGGAGAAAGCUAUUCAUUUGCUUAAGAAAUACCAGAUUCUGGACUUUACUAAUCCAAAGCAAGGUGUCUAUCUUGAUUUGACACUGGAUAUGGCAUUAGGGAAGAAGAAAAAAGUGGAGCCGUUUGCCAGUGUUCUUGGUUUCCCAUAUCCGUUCCUUUCAGAAAUCAAUAAAGUUGUUGUAUUUACAGGGAAUGCCUCAGAGGUUAAAACAGCAGAAGAAAACGGAGCUGCAUUUGCAGGAGGAGCAGAUCUGAUUCAGAAGGUUUUGGAUGAUGAAAUUAAACCAGAUUUUUAUGUCGCUGUUCCAGAAAUAAUGCCUGAGCUUAAUCCAUUAAGGAAGAAAUUGCAAAAAAGAUUUCCAAAAUUAAGCCGAAAUUCCAUUGGCCGUGACAUUCCCAAAAUGCUUGAAUUAUUUAAAACUGGACAUGAAAUCAAGGUUGAUGAAGAGAGGGAGAACUUUCUCCAAACCAAAAUUGCAACACUGGAUAUGCCAAGUGACCAGAUAAUUGCCAAUCUGCAAGCAGUUAUAAAUGAAGUUUGCAGGCACAGACCACUGAGUUUGGAUUCUGUUCGACUUCCUUCCUUCAGGCUGGAGUUGGUUCAACCGGCGAUCCUAGCACCAGAUGGCCUAGGAUCAAUCUCUGGCGUAGUGUCUGAGUUCCGCCAGGAGUGAGCCCCGAGCAGAGAACCAGGGGUAGCACCAAGCCAAAAAACAAACAAAAGUUUCUCCUGUAGAAUUCAGACUCUUGCAUGCUUCUAAUUAUAGCAGCAGUUUUUACUUUAAGAACUUUCCCUUGAGUCCUAUAGUAUCUGAAGUAAAAGGAACAUGGCCAAUUCCCGUAAGACAGAGAAUGAUAGAGUCAUUAGCUAAUUCACUAAAAUGACUAUGUCUUAAGGAAAAACUGAAAAGUCUUCAUUCUAAAAAAUUCUGAAUGUCAUUUGCAAGAGCAUGACUAUAGAAAAAUGGUUACAUUAUUAAAACAUGUAGGUGAGAUAAUGUUCUUUCUUAGAAAUCAUGUUAUGAUAAUAGAUUUGUGUGUGUGUGUGUGUGUGUGUGUAUGUGUGUGUGUGUUUUGGUUUUGGGGGCCACAUCCAGUGAUGCUCUGGGCAUACUCCUGGCUCUACACUCGGGAAUCACUCCUGCAGUGCUCAGGGACCGACCAUAUGGGAUGCCAGAGAUUGAAUCCAGUUGGUCAUGUGCAAGGCAACUGCCCUACCCACUGUACUCUCUCUCCAGCCCCAUAUAUUUGUAUUUUUAUAAUAAUUACUGUGUACUUUCAUGGUGCUUUGCAGUACACAAGUUGCCAUAUAUCAUAUUUCCAUAUACUUAAUCUGAUCCUGCACACACAGUGUUAAGUGAACAUUCCAUGAGGUAGAACAAGUUUAUGGAUGAAGAACCAGGGAAUUGCCAGCAAGUGCCAGUUUGCAAAUGGGUGGUGAUUCUUAAGGGUUUGCUGGUAUUUGAAUUGUAGGAAAAACAUAGGACUAAUUUGGGCAUGCAGUUGCUAACUGUUCUUUCUUGGAAAUGAUUUGCUUUACUUUAAAGCUACCUUUCAUCAUUUCCAAGGACAUCCAUCCAGAUGCUUUCUCUCUCACAAAGGCAAGGGGCUUCCUGUCAAUUUGUUAGCAGAGUUUGAAUAAUACCAACUUUGUAAGAAUAUUUUGACAGCUCUGUGCAAGUCACUCAAAUUGUUUUUGAAAUUUUAAUGGGCUGUGAAAAUCAAAUGACUGUAAUAACUAUACUCCUCUAAGAUUUCCCCCCCCCCACAGAAAAUUUAAAAUAGAAAGACUGCUUAACAAAAACAGCUCAAACAUGGACUACAGUAUUGACAGGAGUCCCUUCAAUUGAGCCUACUGCUCUCGUGCAUAACCUCUCAUUUUUGCCUCACGGAGAGAUGGCACUACCCUGGGACAGAAAGAAAUGAAAACUUAGGAGGGCCCAUUAGUGGCUAACUAAAGCUCAAAGCUACAUCUGAUUUGGAAGCCUAUUCUCUGAAUCAUCCAGUUUUUUUUAUCCACUUAUUUAUUCUAUGAUAAGCUGUUUUAUGAACAGGCUUAUAUUGUUUAGAUAUUGAAUAAUUGUACUUCCAUUUUUGGUAUGUAGUUGAUGGAAUUA